AUGGAUUUGGAAAUAGUUUAUGCGAUUCACACUUUUGAAGCUACUAAUGAAGAUGAAGUUCCCUUUCAAUACGGAGAACCAAUACGAGUCAUAGAAACGGAUGAUAUUUACGGGGAUGGAUGGUGGCAGGGCCAAAAUGUCAAAGGUCAAAUUGGUCUUUUCCCAAUGAAUUAUACUAGUAAUAUGAGUCCAUUAGAGAAUUCAAAUAAUGAUGGGCCUGGUCCAAUACCAUCUUCAUAUAACAAUUUCAAUAAUUCCAUAGCCAUGCUCACUUCCAAUUCUGAUUUAAACAUCAUUCCAUCAGAAUAUAGAACUCCAAGUCCUUCUGUCGAUGAAACCAUUAAUGAUGUACAAGAUCGAUUAAAUAAUAUGACCGUGAAAGAUCAAGAAAUAUCAAAAAGCAAUUUACAUUCAAGAAAUACUUCGAUAAACGGAGUUAGUAAUAGUGGAAAACAUUUUAAACCAUCAUCUUCUAUAUCGAGUGCUAGUA